CAGCAUUCUACGACGUUUUGAUUUUGAUAUCCCUCGAUCGAUAACCAAUGGCAUCACAGCUUCUUCCAUUAGAGUUGGUCGACAAGUGUGUCGGCUCGAAAAUUUGGGUCGUUAUGAAGGGUGAUAAGGAGUUCUGCGGGACUCUGUCAGGUUUCGACGAUUUCGUGAAUAUGGUCCUCGAGGACGUGACAGAGUAUGACUCCGCGCAGCAGAUGAAGAAGCAUGACCAGAUUUUGUUGAAUGGGAAUCAGAUUUGUAUGUUGAUUCCGGGAGGGGAGGGACCGCAGUGAUGGGGGACGUACGAUGAGUGAGAUGGGAGAGUGGGGUGUAUGAUACGUGCUGCUCAAGGUGUGAAGCGAAGUAUGGGAGUGACGGUACCGAAGAGGUAUGAUGAUAAUGAUCUAUCAGAAGACAUGGACAUUGGGGUAGGAUGAAGGAGAUUGCGACGGAAAAGCAAUGAUAUCCAGAGGAGCGCAUAGACCAGAGCAAAAAAGCAUCGAAAACACGUAUACCACCACG